AUGUGUCUGUGGGGAUUGUUGUUGUGGGGGUCCUUUAUGAUUUAUGCUCUCGAACUCACACCAAUAAUGCUCUUUUUAAACCGUAACAAUGGCGAACCAAAUGUCGACUUUCACUCAUCCAACAAUGGCGACACCAACAAUGCUCACAAAAACCACCUUCUCAACGAAGAAAUCAACAACACAUGUUCCACUCCCUAUGUCUCCGCACCUUCAAGCCCCGAUCGUGGCUGGCCCAUCGUCGGCUACUUCUCCAAUGCUCUUGCAAGUCCUAUGCACUAUGUGUUAUCCACCGCUCCUAGGUCUGAUUCUUUCUUGUCAACUGAGUCUGGCUCGUUCGAGUUCAAAUUUUCUUUUGAGUUCUCAUCGAGUGGUAUGAGUUCGGCCGACAAGUUAUUCUUGAACGGUCAGAUCUGGUUGAUGUCACCACUACGAGCAGCACAGUUCCAAUGGCAAGAACAUGAAGAAAAUGAGGCCUCUCAUCAUCAUUAUCAUCAUCGCAUUCUGGAGUUGGAGGAUUCUGAGAACAAAGAAGCUGAAACUCCGUCAAUCGAGACAACACCGUCAGGCUCUGCUUUGUCUUCAAGCUCUUCACCGUCUGGAAGGAACUCGAAGAUCUAUCGUCCCGAAAAUUAG